CAACCACAGUACAUCGAUUCCCUCGGAUGCGUGUGCACGGAUGUGACGUGAGAAAAUGAUCGUUGUCGGGCGUAAAACACCAUGGUUGAUCGGAGUGAUCGCGAUGCUCGUUUUUCUCGCGAGCAUAUCGUUGUCGGAAUCACUUGGGUGUGUGAAAAGUUUCAGACGUGACAGAUUUUUCAGAAGAUCGAGGAUGAGAAUCGUCGACGACGACGAGGAGCGACCCGUGAUCGCGCCGGUGGUCAUAAAAAUGAUAGAGCAUCCCGAUAAACGCAACGAGAGCGGCGUUUUGUCGUUCAAUUGCACCGACGACUCUUGCACGACAGAAGACGAGAAACUCGAUCUCGACAUUAGUAAGUUGCAAGACACUUUACUUCCCGACGAGGAGUCGUUGCGCUACAUCGUGAUUCCGAAGAAGUACGAGCACUUCGUGUCGAAAAAAAACACGGGAUCGAACAGAUACAAACGCGACGUGAAAUCCAAUUUCACGGGGACGAACAGUGACACAAGUAAACCGUUGAAAAACCAAAGCAAGAUCGGAAGAGUUCCGCUGUACAGAAGUUACACGAGGAUCGUGCGUCCUUCGACAUCCUCGAGCGAAGUCGACAGAACGAAACGAAGUAUCGACUACUAUCCGUCGCGAGCUAGAAACGCGAGCGAUUAUUACGCGCAGCGUAGAGCCGUAAUGGAAAGAUACUUCGCUCGGCAGCGCGAAAUAAACGCGCGAUACGCCAACAAAACCGGCUCGAUAUCCAGCAGCAACACCACUCAACUCAGCUUCCGGCAUCUCGAUAAAAACGCGGCGGAGAAGGACGCGACUUUUCGUCAUCCGUCCAUGAAGAUCGAUCUGAUAUAUAAUGGCAAUGAAUCACGGAACACAAUACCAAACAAGUUGGACAAUCGACGAAACUCCAUUCCGGAAACCGACCUUGGCUUCAAGUCCGAUCCGAGUUUAUCGCAAGCGCGAAGCAGCGAUAAUGUCGAAAGAAACGCGUUGGAGUAUUACGUAACACCUUGCCCGAACAUAUCUGGCACUUUUGCGCCGAAAACGCGGCCGCCGAAAAACCGCACUGACGAUAACAGCACCGAUCACGUUAUAUGGGGAACGUGCGAAGGAAAGAUCGUGUAUCAACAUAACUUGCUCUUAAGCAUAACGGGCCCAUCCACUGUCGACACCGAGUUUGAGGUGAUACUCGAAAGUCCGCUUUGUAUCACUUGCGUGGAGGUGAUCCGAUUUAACCAAACCAGAGCGAACGUUACAUUAAAUUCUGGUGGACGUGGCAAAGAAUGUGCAAAACUAUUGUUGCGAGGUUACGAAAACGAGGGAUUUUAUUACAUAAUAAAAAUUUGGGGUGUUCAGAAAAUUGAUCAGAACUGUAGUAACGUAGACUAGUCACACGAGGCGCGACAAUCGUUCGAUCGAACAAACCGAUUUGUUUUUUGUAAAAAUUUAUUUUUUUACAUAUAUGUGACUACAAAAACAUUUUUGAUAGAAAAUUUAUAUUUCGUAAACACACACACACACACACACAUAUAUAUAUACGUACAUAUUAAUAACGUGUUAUACAAUGACGAUUCGAAUUUCUUUAAACUGCGACGAAAAUAAGCGAAUAUGUAAUUCGGAAGUACAAACAUAAAAAUAAUAACUAUACGUAAAGUACAUCACACAAAGGUCACGAAGAGAACACUAUAAAAAAAAAAUAGUUUCAUAAAAAAAUAAUCUCUGAAUAUAUAUGUCCUCUAGUAUAACAUUAUACAAUAUAUAGACACUAACAUACAAACGAUAUUUGUAAUUCAAUCAGAGACAUUGUCGUACCAAUUGGAACAAUUAGACGAACUACAAUGAUAAUUAAAAAAAUGCCAAUUAUAUUUGCAUAUAAGAAUAAUACCCAUAAGCUAAUGAAUGUUAUUAUUAUCUAUGAACACGUAACAAGAAAUGUAUAAAUCGUUUAUCACGUAUAAACCUAUUGUUUUUUUUUUAAGUGUAAGAAACCUACUUUUGGCAUCGUUGUGGAUUUCUUUUUUUUUUUUCUUGUCAUUCGUCGUGUAAUUUAGUUCCUGUUAUUUCCUCAAGAUUUUUUUGGCACGGAGGUCGGAAGAGGCGGCGGCGGUACGUCGGGUACCGUCUGUUUAUUGUUGUUUUUUUUCAUUCUCUCCUCGUCGUGAAAACUCGGUAACAAAAUGCUGGUUUUCUUCUUCGGGUUGGUCGCCGGAAUCGGUUCCACGGUGCUGAAAAGCUUGUAAUCGACAUAAUAGGUGCCGGGCACGUAAUGCGGAUUGAAGCUGUUGUAAGUGUAGACGUACGGCACGUAGUAUCGAGAACGAUAGUUCGGAUAGAAGCUCAGCGGUUCCGGUUUCUUCGGGGAGUUGUUCGUCGUGUUGUCGCUCUUCGACUCGUCGUUCUUGUUGCGUUCUGUGGUUGCGCGUUCUUUUGCAAUACCGAAACUCGUCGAUUCGACCAGACGCGACGAGGAAGCCUGCGUUUGAUCGUUCCGGAGAACCUCACCUCCAGAUAACGGGGGAUAAUGCACCACUUCCGACACGACGGAGUGAGGCGUUAUCUGUGUGUAAUAGAUCCCCGGCGCGUAGGCGGUUCGGUGAAUUAUCGGUUGUAUCACCGGGAUCGCUCGCGACGGCGACAGAUUCUGAUUGCUUGUGAUCACUGCGUUAUAAACCCUCGGUACCCUGAGAAGACCCGGCGCGGCGGCAGCGACGGCUAUCAAC